UCCUUACAACAUCUCCUGUCUCCUAACAUUUCCACAAUGAGGGAAAGGAAGGCAACAGAUCCACUCCAUUCAUCCACAGAUCUGACUGAAGGGAAGGAGAAGUUAAGACUGAAACAAGAGGUCGGCCUGAUUAGCAGCGUGUCAUUAAUUGCAGGUACCAUGAUAGGCUCAGGGAUCUUUAUGUCCCCUGAGUGGGUACUGCACCACAUGGGGAACCCUGCCAGCAGCCUGCUGAUCUGGGCAGCAUGCGGUCUCCUGGCCAUGUUUGGAGCCUUGUCGUACGCUGAGCUUGGAACAAUAAUUAAAGAGUCUGGAGGAGAAUAUAUUUACAUUUUGAGGAUUUUUGGUUCCUUUCCUGCUUUCCUUUUCGCCUACACUUCUGUCAUCCUGGUGAGACCAGCUGGUUUGGCAGCUGUCUGUCUGAGCUUUGCUGAGUACGCCAUUGCGCCGUUCUACCCAGGGUGCUCAUCUCCGCAGGCUGCCGUCAAAUGUACAGCUGCUGCCUGCAUCCUGAUUUUAACUAUCAUCAACUGCCUCAACGUGAGGCUGGCAACAUCUGUUAUGAACGUUUUUACAGCUGCCAAACUCUUGGCUUUGUUGGUGAUCGUGGUGGGUGGGUUGGUGCUGCUUGCCAAGGGACAAACUCAGAGUUUUCAGAAUGGUUUUCAAGGCACCACUGCAGGUAUUGGGGCAGUUGGAGUGGCGUUUUACCAGGGGCUCUGGUCCUAUGAUGGAUGGAACAACCUAAAUUAUGUAACUGAGGAACUGAAGAAGCCUGAGGUGACCCUUCCCAGAGCUCUGAUGAUUGCCAUUCCUUUGGUUACGUGCCUGUAUUUGCUGGUAAACGUGAGCUACCUGGCAGCCAUGACUCCCACUGAGCUGCUGUCUUCAGGAGCUGUGGCCGUCACCUGGGGGGACAAAGUCCUGGGCAGCUGGGCAUGGCUCAUCUCCCUGUCGGUGGCCCUGUCCACGUUUGGUUCCUCGAAUGGGACGUUCUUCAGCGGAGGCCGCGUGUGCUACAUUGCUGCCAGGGAGGGCCACAUGCCAGACAUUCUGUCCAUGGCUCAUGUGCGACGCCUCACGCCCGCCCCUGCUCUACUGUUCACAUCUGCCAUGUCUUUAGUAAUGAUAAUAUCAGGGAGCUUCACCAGCAUUGUCAACUUCUUCAGUUUUAUUGCAUGGCUUUUCUAUGGAAUGACUAUUUCUGGGCUCCUGUAUUUAAAAAUCAAGAAACCAGAACUGCCAAGAUCUUACAAGGUCCCAAUUAUCAUCCCCAUAAUUGUGCUGAUGGCAGCUGUGUACCUGGUGUUAGCUCCCAUCAUUGAUCAGCCCCAAAUAGAGAUCCUCUACAUCGUCCUGUUCAUUUUCAGUGGCAUCAUUUUUUAUUUUCCACUGGUUCGCUUCAAGUACCACCCUCGCUUCUUACAGAGAAUCACUUUGCACCUCCAGUUGUUGCUGGAAGUUGCUCCAACUACCAGGGAUGCAAACUGAGAUAACAUCCAUCCUUCAUGUGGCUGGCUGCACCUCAUGGUUUAUCCCUAGGUUUUCAAGGCUCAGAAAAUAUUCUUCUGUAAAGAGCAAUGAGUGGAAUGCGAGUGACACUAAAUGUCCAGGUGAGAUGGACUGCAGCUAUGACUCCUUACGUUUCCCUAAAAUUCUGGGGACAUGUUUUUCUCCUUUUCAGCAUUGCCUUGGCAUUACAUUUGUAUUUUUCAUCCCAAAAAGGGCUGUUUCUCAAGAUCUUAUCUCUUAUUUCAAGAUAAAAUGUAACAAAAGAGAGACAAUGAAAUAUUAUUCCUACAGCAGGCUGAGUCCCAUAGCCAUUUCUGGCAAUGCCUUUAAUUAUUUACACCUAGUUCUGCCCACUGUGACUGCAGAGCUUCUCAAUAAAGCAAGGGUUCACUGUGGCCACAAGAAAUAAACCCUUUUUCACUCAGGUGUUCA